UAUAAUUUAUGUCACUUUACAGGAGGCGUGCGAGUUUCAAAUAGACGAAAUUUUCCACGUAGGGUACUCGACGGGGCCCGUCGUGGGGGGACUGCUCGCGCGGGGGCGACUCUACGAGGGCGACGAAAUUAUCAUAGGACCUCUGGAGUCCGGCGAGUUCGCGGAGAUAUCCGUGCGCACGAUAUACCGCAACCGCGUCCCGUGCGGCAGCGUGCGCGCGGGACAGUCGGCGUCGCUGGGCCUGGGGCGCUUUCCGCCGGGACUGCGGCAGGGCAUGUUGCUGCUAGCGCGGCCGGGGGGCUACGCCGCGGGACUAUCAGAACUAGUCCACUCGUCGCAAGCUUCGGAGAAGAAUCAAAAGAACGCGAGGAGACAGAACAAGAAUAUCCUCCAGGACAUCGCCAACGUGAAGAACAGCCUCACGAAGACUUCGGACACGAAGUGCACGAACGUGUACGUGUCGGACGACGGGAGCAAGUACAGCGACGCGCACGUGUCGAGCGACACGCAGGACAAGUGCGUGUGUGACGACCUGGUGUUCCUCGAAGACCCAAACGACCCUAGACGCUGUAUAUACUUUCAGGCAUCCGUGCAUGUCCUGAGACACUCCACGGCCAUCUACCCAGGGUUCCAGUGCUCUGUGCAUGUCGGGAACGUGCGUCAGACGGCCAUUAUCGAGGGUAUAAUGUCUCCGAACAACGUGCUGAGGGCGGGCGAGGGGGCCUCCGUGCUGUUCAGGUUCGCCCGCUGUCCGGAGUACCUCGUGCGGGGCCGCCGGCUGCUGUUCACGGCGGGGCUGGGGACCAGAGCCAUCGGCCGGGUCACGCAAACCUUCCCGUACAUACCAUGAAUUCUAUAGAACACGGCUCCAAUGUAAAAUUCGAGAUCUCUCUAGAAUAUUCUAGAUAAAUUAAAUAUAUUAAUUGUAUCUGUAACCAGUUUUCUUGUCGUGUUCACUUCAU